CAGUAAAUCAAGGAGAUUAACCAGUACUCCAGCAGCGACCUCACUCAUGGAGGUAAAAACAAUUCUACCUCCAUGACCUCGCUGCACUCGCCCGCACUCUAUGUAAAUCGAAUGCAGAAGCACUGUUCAGUCGAUGUUAGAGUACUACUUAUUCCUCGCGUUUUACUGGUCAUGUUAAUACAUAUAGAUAAAACACUUAUUGCACUGGACUAAUUUGACCCCCCCUAUCGAAUGGGCACGUAAACCACUUUGAAAAUCAUUUUGUUUGUAAUGGGAAACAAACUGACGCUUUCCGUCGACACUGGGCGACAUGAAAGAUAUGAUCAUCAAUGUUUGUUUAGGCUUAUUUAAGCUACAUAUUGCAAAAACAAAAUUGCAGAUACCUGCCGAACCAUCAGAGAAAAUGCGCCUGACCGCUUUUAGGAGGGACAUCCGGUAGAUACAUUAAAUAGACCUUUGCUCCAAGACCUAGUUACCCCCUUUCCAGUGGCAUCGUCAGAAAGAACAUUUUCGACUUUUAAACGUUUAAAAACCUAGUUAACGAACAGCAUAAAUCAAAAUAAACCGAGUGGCCUUGCUUUCUUAAUUUCACAUCACUGCAUUCCAAUUGAUUCUGAGGAAGUAGCGAAUCACCUUACCAAACUGUAACGACUGAUAAAUACUUGCUGAAGAAUAUAUUUGUCCUGUUUGCUGCACUGGGAAAAUGGAGAUGGUUGUAAACAUAAAUCAGGAUAUUAACAGUGACUUUCUUGUGCAGAUAAACUCACAUGUGACUGAAAGUGUAGAAGUUACUGUGUUGAAACAAACGAAUGAGGAAGAAAAUGUUCCAAGUCCACUCAAUUUGCGUAACACUGUCAGCUGUAGAGAAAACAAAACACCUGAAGAAACACAAAAUGGAAUAGAUUUGUUGUACUGUGGGACACACAACAAUAAUUAUGCUUCAAAAAGAAGUGACAGUUAUAGACUGUCACGUAAAUACCCAAAUGAUACAUUUAGUAAUGGUCGCACUAAUUUUGGCAGUUUCGUUCGGCCUACCAAAGUACAAAAUAGAAGGAAGGUUUCACAACAUCUUACCUGUAAUAUCUGUGGAAAAUAUUUUGCUACCAGACCGGGAUUGUACUUACAUCGCCGAAAGCAUAAAGAAGGAUAUCAGUUUGAAUGUGAUACGUGUUCUAGAAAAUUUAUGGAUAAACAAACAUUAAAAGAACAUCUCCUAACUCACAUGAUAGUUAAACCUUACCUCUGUCAAACUUGUGGCAAGCAUUUCAGUAGACAUUCUAGACUCAAAAAACAUUUAAUGAAACACAGUCUUGAAACGGUAAGACCUAAACAUUACUUUACAUGCAGCUUUUGUGAAGAAGUGUUUAUAAGUGAAGAAAUAGCAUUGAAACAUGCUAAAAUUGGACAUGGGAAUGUUACAGAAUUACAUUUCAGUCAUGGUUUGAUUGAUAGAGUUUUUCUUUGCGAGUACUGUGAACGUUGUUUUGUUAGUCAUCAAGCAUUAAACUGCCACCGAGAAAGUCAUGCACCACUGUAUGUGUUUUCCUGUAUAGUGUGCAGGUCAACAUUUCCAACAUUUUCAAGACUUCAGACUCACAAAAUAGCCCAUUCUUCAGAAAAUGCCACAGAUGGCUUUGAGGUGCCUAGUUAUUACGCUUGUACUGCUUGUGAUAAGUCAUAUCUGCAUUGGACAAACCUGACAGUGCACUGGAAACUACAGCAUGAUAAAAUAAAAUAUAUGUAUCAUUGUAAGGUAAAUAUAAAAUUGCGUCUAAUACACAACAGAGUAUAUUAUACAUUUUUAAUGUCGAAUCCCAUCAGACCUCCUCCCAUGUCAAGCCAUACAGCAACACCAGUGACACCAGGUCUGUUUCCAUGUCAACCUCAGGCAUCAGCUCUACUAAGCAUGCUCAUGAUGCUGAUGAUACUUGUAUCAGAAGUUGCUCAGGAAUUGGUGACAGAAUUCCUGACAAUUUUGUCAGAAGCAGUAGAGGGACUGCUGGUUUGGCUACCAAGGAUGGAUGCCCUCGCUCACUUGGGAGUGGAGAACCGGCAGCAGCAGGUGAUGUGA